ACAAUACAAACAUGACAAGAUCGAUAGAGAUAUAAACUGUUGACGGGUAUCGAAAAACCUAUAAAGUGUGCAUUGUACUAUCAUGUGCACUUUGAAUAGAAUAAAUAACCAUGAAAAACGUUGUGCGAUUUAAACUUGAAUUAUAUACACAGUCAAAUCCGACUCACUAUCAUGAUUGAUUGUGUAUCUAAAAGUGAAUUUUAAAAAUAUGCAAACAUAUAAAAGUGAAUAUAUAACAUGACAGAACGUGUUCAAUAUAGAAGUGUAUCACAAGAGGAUACUGGUGUAUCACAAGAAGAUACAGAUGACGAACUUCUAGGGGACCAUAAAGUGACGAACGGAAGUACAGUAACAAUAUUAGGGGGUGAUGAGACAGGGACUGUAUCAGGAAGUAAUGUUCGUUUGACUGAAGCUAGUUCUUCAUAUAGUAAUCACAAGAGAAUCCAGGAAUGUAUUUGUAAACCAAAGAACAGGAAAAUUGCAAUAGGAAUUCUGAUAUGUACAUUCGUUAUUAUUGUUCUCAUUUUAUUGGGUGUUGGAUUAAGUAAUAUAAAUCUUAAGCAUUCUGUUCAUGAUCCGGAUAAGCAUUCAAAGACUAAAGUUUCUAGCAAUGGUUGAUGAAGUUUCAGUAGUAUAUUUUGAAAAGAAACAGUACUUUACACAAACUGAAGACAGCAAUCCAGAUGAUUUGUUGGGAAAUAUUGUUGAUGUGUAUGGAAAGAAAUAUUUCAAAACAUAAACAUAUACUUCGCCUUGUACCAGAGACAAUGACCAGAUGUACUUUUCUCAUUGAAGAAAUCCAGAGUUGAAUUAAGGAACAUUGUAUUAUAGUGAAUAAAAUAUCUUAUCUUCACAAAGUUUUAUCCAAUAUAUACAUUCAAAAUUUAAAAUUACUGCACACAAUAGGACUAUCAACUUAUUUGUUUUAGUAUAUAGACCAAACAAAAACAACUCCA